CCAGUGAGCUUGUGUAGCUUUUUAUUGAUGGAAAUUGCGCUCGACUUAAUCAUACAUUUAUUACAUUGCUCCGUGAACCUCCUGUUCAGUAACUUACACGUCGUGCAAGAAAAUAGUUCGACCGUUCAAUUGAAGACUGUCCAGAGUGGAAAAAGGAUCACUCGUGAUUAAAUGACGAAUAAAGACACACUGUUACCCGAAUAUGUCACACUCUGCGCUGGAAAACCGGCAAGCUCAGAAGUUUUGAGGCUCCUUAGGGCUAUUGACUCUCUAUCUUUGGAAAGUGAUAAUAUUUGUACGUGAGUCUAUCAGCGGAAAGAAGCUUACAAAUGCUUUUCACGUGGAAGGUUGCUGCAACGGUGGGAGUGAUUUUGAGUGGAUUGGUUUGCGGAAAAGAUACGACGAAGCUAUUGGUGUCGAGUGAUAAUUGCGGGAAACAUGAAUACGUCGAUUAUUCUAAUCCGCGUGUAUGCAUCGCCGACGGAUGUUUGCUCGGGACAUUCAUGAAGGGAUACCGGGCGGGAGCGUUCGAGGCAUUCAUCGGAAUCCCCUUUGCGCAGCCUCCUGUUGGAAAGCUUCGGUUUGCGAACCCAGUUCCAAACAAGCCUUGGUGUGAGCAAGGAGAUUACAAUGCUACUGUCGAAAAAUCCAUGUGCGUUCAGAAAAAUGAACUAUUCCCCGUUGCAGAAGCCAUGGGCAGCGAGGAUUGUUUGUAUUUGAAUGUCUAUCGGCCAAAGGGUCAGAACACCAGUAAAGCGGCACUACCGGUGAUGGUCUACAUUCAUGGGGGUGGGUACUUCUCGGGUAGCGCCAGCCCUGGUAUUGUUGGGCCGGAGUAUUUUAUGGACACUAAGCGGGUCGUGUUGGUGACAAUCCAGUACCGGGUUGGAGUGUUUGGUUUUCUGGCAACCGGAGACAAAGUGGCGCCAGGGAAUUUCGGUUUGAAGGACCAAACACUGGCUCUGCAAUGGGUGAAAAAGAAUAUCAAAAAGUUUGGAGGAAAUCCGAGUCUCGUAACAAUUUUCGGACAGAGCGCUGGUGGAGGAUCAGUGCAUAUGCAUAUGAUCAGUCCGAUGAGCGAAGGACUGUUUUCAAGAGCGAUUGUGAUGAGUGGUAAUGCAAUUGCUCCAUGGAACUUCCCCACAAAGGAUCCACUGAGUUUGGCCCGGCAACAAGCAGAAGCAGUGGAUAUUCCAUGCGCAAUGAAUCUUACGUCUGAGCAAUUGAUAGAUGGUCUAAGGAACGUCGAUGCAUUGGUGCUCUCUAAUAGCAUUAGCAAACUGAAACCGUGGUCGGUCGACCCUUUAACACUUUAUCGACCGGUGAUUGAAUCGCCAAACCUGUCGAACCAGGCCUUUUUAGUAAAAGAUCCUCGAGAAUCAUGGCGGAAGGGCAACUAUCAACAAAUUCCUUGGAUGACCGGAUACAUAUCAAACGAUGGUGCUGUACGUGCCAUUGCCAUCUCAACGAAUCAGCAGCUUCUGAAGGAUCUUAAUGCGAAUAUAAGCACGCUGCUUCCGUUGUUGAUGGAAAAAGAACCGACCAAUGAGUUUCUAAUGUCGUUGAAGGAUCGCUUCUUUGCCGAUAGCGCUAAUGAUGAAUGGAUCACCGAGGGGAAUGCACAACAGCUGAUUAGGCUCUACACAGAAGCAGGAUUCCUAUUCCCAUUGCACUCAUCCGUGAAGCAGCACGUGAUCUCGGCUGAUACGCAACUUGCGCCCGUCAGCAUAUACAAGUUCAGCUUCCAAGGUCCCUACUCGUACUCCUCGCUGUACACGUCCAACCCGGAAAAGCGCAACUUCGGCGUGGUGCACUGCGACGAGCUGAUCUAUCUCUUCCGGUCGCCGUUGCUUUUCCCGGACUUUCCGCACAAAUCCAAAGAGGCGCGGAUGUCGCACCGUUUGGUCGAGUUUUUCAUCGAUUUUGCCAUCAACGGUGUGGCCACCCCGCGGAAGCCAUACCGUCCUUGCACCAACGACAACGAGGUGUACCAAUCAAUGGACUGCGAUGUGAUUGAGUUUACCAAUUCCGACGAACCGGAGAAGCCCUUCAAGGUGCGGGUAGUCAACGGGCGAGACGAGGAUAUGUUCGCCUUCUGGAAGAAGUAUUACGAUUGAGUAAGGCACAAUUGCACCAGGAUGCAGCACGAAGGACGAAAUGGCUUUUCUCUUUGUUCAACUAUUUGUUGGCGGAAGCUCUAGUCGUUCAAAAGCUGCAAAAAAAUGACAUUGUGAUAAAUUUCGGUGUUAUCAUUGAGAGUUAUUGAUGGUGUUUAGGAAUGAGGACCAAAUUAUGUCAGGAUAAUGACUCUUAUUUCAAUGUUGUACAAGUUUAUAGCACGAUAAGCAAUCUAUUAUUAGGGACCUAAAUUUAAGGCGUUUAGAUUUUAUUUAUAGGAAUGACAGUUCUAUUUUAAAAUUAAUGAAUAUACAAAUUCAA